UACCAAGAUGUCGAACUACUCCGAUAGUGUGAAGGCCUUGCUUGAAAACACCACAGAAGAGUUCCUUCAGGCGUCAGAAAUUUUAAUUCGAUUUUGUAAUAAUGUUAUCAAUAAUCCAACUGCGCCAAAGUACAGGCGACUGAGAGUGGGCAACCCCAUAAUACAGAAUAAACUGUUGACCGUCAGUGGUGGAAUGGAGUGUUUAUUUGACAUGGGAUUCUUGGAGGAUGGGGAAUAUUUGAGCUUGCCAGCAUGGGCCUCCCUAGAUCCACUGAAACAAAUCCGAGAUAACCUGCUGAAAGAAAGAGAAAAGCAUGAAAACCUAUCUGUAUCAUCAGGAUCAGCCUCUUCUCCAGCUGUGGUCCAGCCAGGAGCUGGAGCUAACACCUCAGUACAGUUAAAUAGACCUUAUGUAUUUAGAAAGGAGAUGGAAUUUUUUUCCCAGCUUCAGUCUCGUUUCAAUCAUGUGUUGAUAUACGAGGACCCUCAGUUACAGCAGAAAGCUCGAGCUUCCAUGCCUGUAGACCAGUUUGAAAAAGAGGCUGAUGACAAGUAUCGACAGCUUCAAGCUCAGAACGCAGGUGGCGUUGAUAAACGAGACCUCCUGCUUCUGUCCGUUCUCCAUUGGUUCAAGACCUCUUUUUUCAGCUGGGUUAACUCCCCUGCGUGUAAUGUUUGUGGAGGGGAAACACAGAAAGUCGGUGAUGCACAACCAUUUCCGGAAGAACUGAAAUGGGGAGGUAACCGUGUUGAGCAAUAUCGGUGUAACACAUGUUCAACUGUGGUCCGCUUUCCAAGGUAUAACCACCCAGGGAAGUUACUGGAGACUCGAAAAGGACGCUGUGGGGAAUGGGCAAACUGUUUUACAUUGUGUUGUCGGGCGCUGGGUUUUGAGGCUCGGUUUGUGUUGGAUUGGACUGAUCAUGUGUGGACGGAGGUGUACAGUGAGCGGGAGAAACGGUGGCUACACUGUGAUCCGUGUGAAAAUAUCUGUGAUAAACCACUUCUGUACGAAUCGGGCUGGGGUAAAAAGCUCAGCUAUAUCAUAGCCUUCUCUAAAGACGACAUUCAGGAUGUGUCCUGGAGAUACUCGCGUAAGCAUGACGAGCUAAAACAACGGAGAGGUGAAUGCCGUGAAUCAUGGCUGGUAACAACGAUCACCAAGUUGAGACAUCAGCGCCAGGCAGGUUUUCCUGAAGCGCACAGGAAGCUCCUCAAUGAACGCUGCGCCCGAGAGCUUGUGGAGUUACUCCUACCUCAGCCUGACACGUCAGAGCAGCUGCCUGGGAGGAUAUCUGGGUCAGUCGCCUGGAGACUUGCUAGGGGGGAAUUAGGAGAUCAAGCACCUGUGUCAGAGCCUUACGUAUUCAACUUGUCCCCUGAGGAAAAAUCCAGCAAAACAUUCCACCUGAGGUACAACUGUGCGUCAGAUAAAUACACUGUUGUCUCAUCAGGCAGAGUACAGGAGAAAUGGGAGAGUGGUGUGUAUAUGAUGACAAAUGUGAUUCGUAAGGUUGAGCAAGACUGGAACAUGGUCUACCUGGCCAGGCGAGAGGGGGCAGCAACAGCGGAAAUAUCAUGGAAAUUUGACUUUUCAGGGCUUAAAAUAGACACUGUGACCAUAAGCCCUGGAUCGAGUACCUUUGAAAAUGGCGUGGUUUCUUGGAGUUUGUGCGGAGAUGACCAGUGUGUUCUCCUCAAAGCAUCCCAGCCAAAUGUUGUGACUGAUCUUAAAGGAAAGGAAUCCAUGGUACUGACUGCAUACAUGAGCGGUGGUCAAGGAAACGUUGCCUGGCAACACACACAACUCUUCCGGCAAAGUACCAGUGACACUGGUAGAUUUCCCCUCGACAUCCAUGUCACGUUCGCUGAUUAAUGAUCCUUGUCCUGUAGAGUUCAUUCUUUAACUGUUAUCCUUGAGCACCAUCAAAGGACUUUUAAACACCCGACCACUGUCAUUUGUCUGGCAUAAUGGAACUUAUAUGUAUUGUCAAGGUAAAUUAGUGGAAGGUGGUAUAUGUGUAUACCUGGUAUUCUGUUUCAAAUAUUAAUGAAGUAAAGUUAUAUUUUUAAAAAAAAAAGCAGAAUUAAAAUGCAGAUAUGAACAUCAAAUGUAUUUUCAUAUUUUGAAGAGUAUUUCAACACAUCAUGUGCAUUGUUUUAGUAUGUACAAAGAUCGCGUGAAAGUGAAGAAUGGGUUCGAGUUUGUGAGUUACAUGUAAAUGUGUGAAUAAUGAAUGAUGAAUGCUGCAUUCAGUCACAUGACUGAGACACAUGGAACAGCUCUGCCAUGAAAAUGCCUCUUUAUAAUCAAAGCUCCAGUCUGGAUUUCAUUACAUACCAUGCCCUAAUGUAUGUAUGACUGGCUGGAGUUUUAUAAGCGCUCUCUACCUCUGGGCUGGAGGGAAUUUCCAUUUUGUCUUGUGGUAGAAGCGCAGAACCCAAAGACCAGUGGUUCAAAUCCCAAGCUGGUAAGACUCGUCACAUAUGAGUUGAACAUGAAAAAUUCACCCUGUUCUGACCCUUCACACACAUCCUUGUUGUCUGGUGGUAUCAUCUAACAGAUUUUUAGAAACACUUUGCACUGCUACAACAGGAGGAAUAUUACAUCUAAGGGCAAGCAUCUGUGAUUAGAUGAUAGUCUGAGGACAGAAGAACGUGUAACAUCAACUGGCUGACUAUGAUUUUCCAAGUUCUAGGCCGUCUCUCUGAGCAGUAUACAGACGCAGUCGAGGCACAUUCUGAAUGAAUAGGUGAUUGAAGUUUGAGCCAACACCAAUUUUAUUUUGUGUUUAACAGGCACUGCAGACACUAAAAAGAUCCAAAGAUAGGAUAAAAUGAAACUGAAAAUCCACCUUCUGACUUUGUCUUUGUCAGUGUUUUUAUAAUUUUCUUGUUUUUAGCUUAUGUGUCUUACCCUGAGCACUGGCAUCGAAUGACAUGGAAAACAGUGUUAAACUAAAUGUGAUAGGGGUGAUAUCUUGAAAAGUACUGCAAGGUAUCGAGAUAAGGGUUUGCACACAUGUAGAGCACACUAACAUGAGGGGGAUAUUCCAUCAUUAAUUCAAUGUGUUUAAGACAUUAAAUACCAUAAAUUUCUGAAUUCCUGACAGUGUAUUGUGUAUUAGAAUCAAUGUUGAACAAAAUGUUAAAGGUGGUAUCUUAAAAAGUGCAUGUAUUGUAUUGAGCUCAGGGUUUGCACACAUGUAGAGCACAACAGCAUGAUGGGAAUAUUCCAUUGUUGGUUUGGUGUGUACACAUUAAAUACCAUAAUUUGCCAAAUUCCCGAUUUAGUGUAUUGUGUAUUAUAAUCAGAAGUUUAUCAAAAUGUUAUGGGUGGUAUCUCAAAAAGUACAGCAUAUAUUGACCUGAAGUUUUACAUGCAUAUAAAGCACAAUGACACAAGAGGGAUGUUCCAUCACUGAUCCUCUGUGCAUAUAAUUCACGAUUUCAGUACUUUAUAUAUUGAGCUGAAGUUUUGCAUUCAGGCAAGCUCUUUGGUAGCCUUGCUUCCAUUUUUUUACUUAAGGCACUCUGGCCCUGCAAUUGCCUCAGUAGGAAAAAGUGCCAAAGUUGUCCACAUUUUCCACAGAUUAGAUGAUUUAAGUUUAUUUUUUUAUACCCUUUUUUAACAUUGAAAAAAAAUUAUUCGACCUGUCAAACAAUUAAGACUAGUGUGGCCUCAGUCCAUAUUGGCAAGAUUUCAGGCAUAUUGUGGCAACGCACUGAUUUGGACUGAUGCACUGUUACUUUAACAUGCCUGUAAAUUGUGAAGAUGUGUUGAAUACAUGGAACAGAUGUUAAUCUUAUGGUGUAGACAUGAAUUAUCAACAUUAGAAAACACUGGACUACAUACCAGCUUUAUCAGGUUCUGCAAUUAAAAUGUACUAAAAUUGAAUUGCUGUAAUGAAAUUGACAUAUUUAUGACUUGAAUUAAUUUGGUUUUGAUGAAAUUUUGAUGUGGCUGUGGAAAUUUAUUGUAUUGAUAUUUCUGUAUAAAAUUUUUUAUGCAAUUUACAUGCUGUUCUGUGAAGCUGGAAAUAAAAUUUGCAA